AACAUUAAACAGUAAAACAAACCUUAUUGUUGACUGUUGAGUAUAUUAUUAUUUAUUACACUUUGUAGGUAAGUAAAGUUAUUUCAUGAUUCGUCAUGGAUCAAAAAGAAGAAAAAGAUGAUGUUGAAGUUAAAUUUAAACCAAAAAAGAGAAAGAAUUUACGACAAAGAGUAAAACUGGAAGACGAAGAAGAGGAAGAUGAGAUUCAAAUCUUAGCGAAAUUACAAGAGGCAAAAGAACUACAAAAACUUCGACAGAGACCCAAUGGUGUUAGUAUAAUUGCUUUGGCGACAGGACAAAAAACUACUUUAGAGGAUGAAGUGACAUGUAAAGAUCCUUAUAAAGUGAAAUCUGGUGGAUUGAUUAAUAUGCAAGCAUUAAAAGGUGGUAAAAUUAAGCAAGUAGAUGAUGCAUAUGAUACGGGUAUAGGGACACAAUUCUCUGCCGAAACAAAUAAACGUGAUGAAGAUGAAGAAAUGAUGAAAUACAUUGAAGAGCAACUAUCAAAACGAAAAGAGGGGCAUGAUCAGAAAAACAUGGAAAGAGAUGAAAAUGAUACACUUAAAUACUUGUCGCCAGAAGAAGCAGCAUUGCUUUCUCUUCCUGAACACUUAAGAGUAUCCUCCACACAUAAAUCAGAAGAGAUGCUCUCAAAUCAAAUGCUUAGUGGUAUUCCAGAAGUGGACCUUGGUAUUGAAGCAAAAAUUAAAAAUAUUGAAGCCACUGAAGAAGCAAAAAUGAAACUUCUUUGGGAACGGCAAAACAAAAAAGAUGGCCCAUCCCAAUUUGUGCCAACAAAUAUGGCAGUAAAUUUUGUCCAGCAUAAUAGAUUUAACUUAGAAAAUGCUAACAAUAAGAAAAAAAAAGUUGAAAAAGAAAAACCAAAGGAGGUUAGAGUUGUGACUUCAAUAGAUGAAAGUGUGGAUAAAAUAGUGAAAAAAGCUAAAGGAGAACGGGCAACUGAUGAUUAUCACUAUGAAAAGUUUAGGAAACAGUUUAGAAAGUAUUAAAUAUUGCUUAAUAUAAAUCUGCCAGAUCAUUGAUAAGACUAAAGUUGUUACAUAACAUAAUAUUAUAAACAGUCAUUUUUAAGACUUCCAGUUACAAAUAUGUUUAUGAUAAAUGACACAUAAUUUACUAAGUUCUAACUGUUAAGAUGUCUUUUAUUUCCAUACAUAAUGAAAACUACAAAUUUGUAAUUUGCACCCUACUUAUUUAUUAAUUCUAGGGUUAAAAUUUUGAAUAAACAUUAUUAAAUUUUGGUA